CUGCAUUCUGCAAAGCCACCGCCGUCAGUUUCGCAACAGUUUUAAGGUUGGUUCCAACUUCCAAGGAAUCGAAAUAGUGGGGCCACAUCCACAUUCAUCAGACCUGGACUACUAGUACAGGUAAACCGAAUUCUCGUUCGUCAACAUCAUAAACCCGUUCUUCCUUCAACUCUCAUGGUUCCCGCUAGUCCACCCAUAUUGACACUGCAAGCUCGACGCACCCUCCCCGCGACGUCUUACCGGAUCCACGUACAGUUUUAUUACCCAAGUACAUACAUCUCUACAAACAGGACAAAAUGGUCCUCCUCCUCCUAGAUUUCGACGGCACCAUAACCCAGCACGACACUCUCUCCUCCCUCAUAGCCUUGGCCAUUGCCGAGACGUGUUCUUCCCCCCCUCCUACCGAGAGCAGCAGCAGCACUGCUGCUCGGCUCAGUGAGCUAUGGGACGACAUCGUCAAAGACUACGUGACGGCCCACAAGCGGCAUGUCGACUCGUACGCGGGCCCGCCUGCCGAGCAGCGCGACACGCUUCAGGACGAGCUGGCGUAUCUGGAAAGUGUGCGGGGUGUGGAGCUGCGCUCUGUCGCGAGGGUUGGCGAGGCGGGGUUUUUCCGGGGACUGGGAGGGAGGAAUGGUGUGUUGAGGCGGUUGGGUAGGAGGGCUGUCGAGUUGGGGUGUAGAGCUAGUACUACUGCUGAUACUGCUGAUCAUGGGAAGGACUCCGGGGAAUUGGAGGGGACGCAGCCUGUGGGUGGUUGUGGGCCCGAUGAUGAGGGGGAGAAAAAUAUUACGGUUGAGGGCGAGCAAGAUGGUGGAAAUGGAGAUGAGGAAGGAGAGCUGAAGAAAGGGGCGGUCGUGGUAAGGAGGGGGUUGGGCGAGUUUUUGGAACACCAAGCAAGUCGGGGAUGGGAUGUCGCGGUGGUCAGUGUCAACUGGUCGGGCGAGUUCAUCCAAGGGGUCGUGGAGGCCGGGUGUGAGCCCGGUCGAGGGCGGGAAACGGUGAGGCGGAUGGUUGCAAACGGGAUUGGGUUCCCUAAUGGGCGCGUUGAAGGGCCCAAGGAGCUGGGUGGCGAACCGCUUGUUUCGGCGGGGGACAAGUUGCGAGCAAUGAACUCGCUGCGACGAGGGUGGGAGGAGGAGAAGGUGGUCUACUUUGGGGAUUCGACGACGGAUUUGGCGUGUCUGGUUGAGGCCGACUUGGGAGUGAUCAUCGCCGAUGAUGGAGAAAGCAAGCUCUUGAGGACGCUAAAGAGAAUAGGGUUUGAAGUGUCGCAUAUCGGGGAAACAAAAGGGGAAGGCAAGCUGGUUUGGGCGAGAGACUUCAUGGAAGUUCUCCAGAGUGCGACCACCCUCUCUCAAAGCCGCAACACCUUCAUCCUCUCCGUCAACACCGCGUUCUCCAUCACGUCGUCCACCACAAUGUGCUUCCACGGCCGCCUCGUCUUCAGCUGCCGUCACUACGCCUGGCUGGGCGUCACACAGCCAUGCUCGGUGGAGAAGGCGUUUGACCGCGGUGAAACCGACACAGGCUGCGGCGUGCGGUGGUCCCAUGGGUUCGACACGGUCCGUGUGCAGCAGCAGUGUGCUGGGUGCACCCAGACGCGGACCAAAACCGAGUACCGCUUCGGGGUGGUGAAGGAGCGGAUCAAGGUGCUCAAGGGGCACCUCAAGUUGAUCAAGGGCGUGGUUGUAGGAGGCCAGACGAAAGAUGAAAAGGGGCAGGGGGUGGAUCACGUAAACGAGGAGAAAGAUGGAGAGAAGGAGGAGAGUGCACACUCGGCCGAGUGUGAUAGCCCGGGCGAGAAGAGUUCUGCUGCUGCAUCGUCUGGUUCGUCAGCCGCGGAAAGUGAGAAUACUGGCGAUACGUCGCUCGAAGACGGAUGCGGGGGUUUCGAUGAGAUUAUGGAAGAGGUGAGAGUUGACUCCAAGCACAGGCCCUUGAAGCUGCCCCGGAUUGUUGCCGAAGGGACGGCGAGGAAGAUUCAGGGAUAAAAUGGCUUUUUGAAAGACAGGCUAGUGCCUCUGGGCAAGCUUUGCUAUCCAUCCUUAGCUGUCAAUCUCAAUGAAUAUCUGUACAUCGGUUGUACUCUGCUGAGAAUGUGUAAAGAAACAGA